UAAUCAGAAGCACAUGGAAAUCUCACUUUUUACAAAGUAUUCCAGCAUGUUUUCAUUCUUUAACAGUUAUGGCUAAACACAAGUCUACAAUACAGUAUAUGCAGGUUUAUUAUGAACUGAUUUUUGUGUGAUUGUGUCUUUUUUGUUGUUGUUGCUAAUAGUUUCUCAUAGAAACCUGCAACACAACAUCCAGUUAUGUAAGUUCUGCCCACAUGGUUUGAGUUAAAGGUGAAUACAGUAGAUCUCUAAACACAAGGCACUGCCUCACGCAGCAGCUGGAACAUUUUUAUUGGUCUCUCAGCUCUUGGCUCUGCAUCACAACCAUAAAUACAAACACAUCUGGUAAUAUUCAUAGUGCAAUUUAUACACUUUUAUACUGCGGACCACCUUCUGUCUGCGCUUCAAAAAUCUAUUUUCUCUUCUCUUGAAGAAUGCUAUCUCACUCGAUUAUUGGAAAAUCAUGUAGGAAAGUUAGUGAACUUACGUGCAGAAAAAGGACUUGGACAGAGCUGAAAAAUGCCCAUGGGUCAUAAUUUCUUCACUGUGACCAUCAUGCUCCAGAUGUGUGCGAUGUUGUGUUUCCUGUCCGUUGUCUUCUCCCAGGCAACAUCUUUGUUGCCCAAGAAAGGUCGCAACAUUACCAUCCACUCCUCCCAGCUGGUCUGCAGUCUGCCUGGCCCAGCAGGGCUAGCCGGGACCCCUGGAGCCCCUGGAUCACCAGGGGUGAUGGGCCCCAUGGGGCCCCCGGGGAAGGAUGGCCCCGACGGGAAGGAUGGAGAGAAGGGAGAAAAGGGAAAUGGAGGUGAUCCAGGAAGGACAGGGAACCAAGGCAAGCCAGGUGUGCAGGGACGUGAAGGUAUCAUCGGCAAAGCUGGACCUCGAGGACUGAAGGGGCUACGAGGAAUACCAGGGGUGGCUGGAAAAAGAGGAGUUAAAGGGGAGCACGGGGAUGUGGGCGAGCAGGGAGCUCCAGGGAAAUGUAACUGUGGCAGUGCGGCCCGAUCAGCCUUCUCUGUGGCGGUGACAAAGAGCUACCCUAAGGAACGACUGCCCAUCCGCUUCAGCCGGAUCCUGCUGAACGAGGGGGAUCACUACAACGCCAGCAGUGGGAAGUUUGUGUGUGCUGUCCCCGGGGUCUAUUAUUUCACUUAUGAUAUAACUCUGGCAAACAAGCACCUGGCCAUCGGGCUGGUCCACAACGGACAGUACAAGAUCAAGACAUUUGAUGCAAACACAGGAAACCAUGAUGUGGCGUCUGGGUCCACUGUUCUCCGUCUGCAGCAGGCGGACCAGGUGUGGCUGCAGAUCUUCUACUCUGAGCAGAACGGACUCUUCUUUGACCCUUUCUGGACAGACAGCACCUUCACUGGCUUCCUUAUCUAUGCUGACCAGGACUAUCUCAACGAGGCUGAUAGAAAAGCUAAUGGUCAGGAUGACAGUCAAUGAUGAGAUGUCUUUGUUGUAUUUUAAUAUUUAGCUUAAUUUCAUAUCACAAUGUUCUGAACAUUUGAAAAAUAUAGCUCCACAACAGCAGGCCUCUGUGAAUAUCCGUCGGUUAAUUAACAAGUUCUGACACCAGGGGGCACAUGAGGACAGAAAAGUCAACCACAGUUAGGUAACUGUUAUUAAACAGCCUUGAGUUUUAGCUGCAUUAUCCUGCAGUAUCCUUCAUGGUGCUAUGAUUCUGACAAAAUAUUUUUACAUUCAUUUUUACAUUUUUUACAUUUUACAUUCCUUUGGCUUGUUUAGAUGUAUCUUAUCUGUGUG